AUGUCGAUCUUGGCUAAGGCUGCCCGAUCAGAGUCCGGCUGGAGGAGGAAGCCCCGGGGGCACAAGGCGCGGGGGCGGGGUGGGGGGUGGCACAGCAGCACCGCAGGCCGCCUGGAGCCCAACGUGUGCUUCUGGAUCACGGAACGCCAAUCUUUUAUUCAGAGAGUUCUUCAGUGGACAGAGUUAUUGGAUCCUACAAAUUUGGUCAUUUCAGUUGGAAAAAGAGAGAAAUCAAGGCAACUAUUGCUAACAAAUGAGGAUGCAUCUAUUCAUGACUUGGGGGACCAGCGGGUACGUGAAGCUUGGAAAAGAAGUCUGUCAACAGUGCAUCCUGACAACAGCAAACUGAUCCCUGUUCCUUUCCAACUUGCAGCUCUCCUGCCUUUCACUAGGACCAUGGUAUUUUUGUCCCUGGUGCCGGGGAAAAGCCUGAAGUCCAUGAUUUUACUUCAGCUGUCUUUCUGGAGCUACAGCGUAGCAUUCAACGUCAUCAAGGGAAACGCGAGUUACAAUCGUCACCCAUAUGAGAGUGUAUUACUAGGGGUAAGAACGGUUGCUUCUACAACCUGUUUUGCAUUAUUCCCUCAUUUACUCCUCAUAAAGUAUGAGCUGAAAAACAUUUUGCUAAGAAGAACCUUGCCUGUCGUCAUUCUCGCCCACGUCAGUGCACUGAAUGUUCUUGCGUCUCGAAGUUUGGAGACCAGGGUCAUGGACAAGGAAGGCAAGGUCAUAGGUUAUUUCAGAAAAGCUGGGGCAAAGGCUGUUAGGGAUACAGCCACAUCUGGAGCCAUGCUGUUUGGUACCUCAGCUUUGAUUCCUGAAGUCGUCUCACAUUUUUAUAAACGGACCCAGUUAUUCGGGCGGCACCCGCUGUCCUUGUGGACCUUGAAGCUUUGUACCAUCUCGGUCAUGGGGCUGAUGGUGCCUGUUUCUUUUAGCGUGUUCCCCAAUAUCGAACAGAUACAGUGUAGCAAACUGGAAGAGGAAAUCCAGUUUGCAACAGAAGACACAGAACUCUUCUACAACAGAGGGUGUAGGGGUGAGUUUUAG